AGAGAAAACAAACACUACUCAAGCAGCGUCAUUUGCUUGUUCAACGCUCCACAACACUCAACAACAACAACAACAACAUAUUUAAUACUAAAAAAGUUCAGUUAAUGAUUCUCACGUCCCACAUUCUCUCAACACAACUUUCCCUUCAAUCCAACUCCAACUCCAAAACCCAUUCUUCAAAUUGCCAAAUCAAGCUUUCUUAAAUCACAAAAAUCAUAUAUUUGUAGUGCUUUUGGUUUUUUAUAUUCUAAGUAAAGGCCUUUUUCAUUGCCACCAAUGACCCAGGUCCUUCAUUUUGCUUCUUCUUCACCAACAACCUCUUCCUCUCCCUCUCCCUUCUCUUCUUCCCACGCCAUUUUUGCAAUUCUUGUCACCCUUUUCAGGAAAUCAUUUGUUGCUGCUUUCAAGAGUGGCAGGAAACACCUCUGUGCUAUGGACAUAGGGUCCCCUACUAACGUGCGCCAUGUUACUCAUGUCACAUUUGAUAGGUUCAAUGGCUUCUUGGGUUUGCCUGUUGAGUUUGAACCUGAUGUGCCCAGAAGGCCUCCCAGUGCUAGUGCAACUGUUUUUGGAGUUUCAACAGAAUCCAUGCAGUUAUCUUAUGACUCAAGAGGGAACAGUGUGCCAACAAUUCUGCUGCUAAUGCAAAGGCAUCUGUAUGCUCAAGGAGGACUGCAGGUGGAGGGGAUUUUCAGAAUUAAUCCAGACAAUAGUCAAGAAGAAAAUGUCAGGGAUCAAUUGAACAUGGGAUUAAUCCCAGAAGGUAUUGAUGUACAUUGUUUGGCAGGACUAAUUAAGGCUUGGUUUAGGGAGCUUCCUACAGGAAUUCUGGAUUCAUUAUCGCCAGAGCAGGUAAUGCAAUGCGAAACUGAGGAAGAAUGUGUUGAGCUAGCAAGGAAUCUACCUCACACUGAAGCUGCACUCUUGGACUGGGCCAUCAAUCUGAUGGCUGAUGUUGUCCAACAGGAACAUGUUAAUAAGAUGAAUGCGCGUAACAUUGCCAUGGUUUUUGCACCAAAUAUGACUCAGAUGGCAGACCCUUUCACUGCAUUGAUGUAUGCAGUUCAAGUGAUGAAUUUCUUGAAGUCACUUAUAUUAAGGACACUGCAGGAAAGAAAGGAUUCUGUGGUAGAAUCUCAUCCUAAAUUAUAUCCAGGACCAUCUGAUGAGAAUGGUAACCGUACACUUUUGGAGUCUUGCCAGCAAGAUACUAUGGCAGAAAAUGAAGAGGCUGAAGAAACAGUCGUAUCCGAGAAAACUGUCGUAGAAUGUUCCCCUGAACCACUCCAAAAUAACACCUCAACUGGAGGAGAAUCUGACAGUUUGGUAAGCUCUUCUGAGAAUACAAUUUGCAAUGAGGACUUGUAUUGCGAGUUUCCACCCAAAGGAAACAUGGGAAAGGGUAAGCCUGCACAAUCUAGUAGCUCAAAUGCUAGAAAAGGGACCAAAAAGACCCGAGGCAAGCAACCUGUGGUUGAUCAAACAGUGCCAGCUGAGAAAAGGGGAAUGAGGAGUGCGAGCAACACAGAUUCAAGAUAUGAAAGAGUUGAAGCCUGGCGGUGAAAGAAGCACUGAAGUGUAAAUGGAUUAUUUGACAUCAUCAUGGCCUUGUAAGUUUGUGAAGUGAUUCCUGUAUGUUCUCUUCAUUUUCUGGGUUUUAAUUAAAUUAUAUGCUUUCAAGAAUAUCACUAUGAUCAUACCAACAUUGUAAUGAAAUUUCAUUUCCUCAGUGUUCACUUAUGUUCAUAAUUAUUCCUUAACAAUAAA